CUCCCACGUGGUUUUGGUGACCAUCUUCUCAGUGUUUCUUGUAACCUUGGUUGUGCGUUUUGGAGUUUUCACGAUUCCUUAUUUACUAAUUGUUGAAACUGGUUGAAGUCAAGUUAAAUCAGUGGUUAUUUCAUCAUUUGUUAGUCAUAUACUGUGCACUUGUGUGACUGUGGAGAGUGAGAAAAAAUAAUACUUACUGUACUAACUUGUCUUUGUGUAUCGAGUAGAAACAUCAUAUUUCGUUAUGGCGAGGAAUAUUGCAAGUAGUUCAUCACUCCCAAGAAGAAGGGAACUGCAGUCUGCUUCAUUAUUGGAAGAGUGGAGUAACCUCUCCAUGGUCGAGCUCUGUUCUGAAAGAUUCAAUCACAGUUGGGUUGAGCCUGAACAAUUCGAAGAGAGUAACAGUAACAGCAGCGACAUUUAUUUUCCAGGUUCACAUUCCCUUACUGGAUAUUUCACAGUGAGUCAGACUGCUCGAUCUCACCAGACUCGCCCCUGUAACGACACCUUGAGCUUCGUUAAGAAAACGCACAAUGAUGUAGACUACGAUACUUUUUCUAUUCAGGACACCCUUGAGUGUUGUACGGAAAUAAGCAUGGACGGUCUAAAUAAUGUGAUGGACGGUCUAAAUAAUGUGAUUGACGGUCUAAAUGUGAGUACUAUAGACACAUGCAUGAGAAACUGGCCCGACGACCAACUUUCCAGAGUCCCAGAACGUCGUAGAUUCCAGCGCCUAGAGAAGCUCAACGUGACCCUCAACACUGGCAUGUCCUCAGCAAUUGAAGAGGAUCCCUGUCUGAACACCCAGUCCAAGCUGCUCAAUAAAAGUGUGGACAACAUCGUUGGACAGACUGGCGAUCAGGGUGACGGUCUGAAGGAGCAAGUAGGUCGGGUGGCCAGCUGGGCCGUACACGUGGACAAACUACUUCAGGACCCAGUCGGCGUUGAAGUCUUUUCGGAAUUCUUGAGGAAAGAGUUCAGCGAAGAGAACAUCUUGUUUUGGAAGGCGUGUGAGCAGUAUCGUCAACUGACAGGUGACUCUGAGCGCAACGUUCAGGCCAGAGUCAUCUAUGGCCGCUUUUUGUCCCCCACGGCAGAUGAUCCCGUGAAUGUGGAUGAUGUAGCCCGCUCUCACACGCGGACGUUUCUGGACAAUCCCACAGUCGACAUGUUUGAUGUGGCUCAGAAGCAGGAAUACUUGAGGAAAGAGUUCAGCGAAGAGAACAUCUUGUUUUGGAAGGCAUGUGAGCAGUACCGUCAACUGACAGGUGACUCUGAGCGCAACUCUCAGGCCGGAGUCAUCUAUGGCCGCUUUUUGUCCCCCACGGCAGAUGAUCCCGUGAAUGUGGAUGAUGUAGCCCGCUCUCACACGCGGACGUUUCUGGACAAUCCCACAGUCGACAUGUUUGAUGUGGCUCAGAAGCAGGUACGUAUCUUGACACUUAGUGUGGAUGUCCGCGAGAGUUGAUUUUGUGACAUAAGUCGAAAUAUUUAUACUUAUUGCAAGUAUGACUAUUUUCAAAAUAUGCAAAAU